AUGUCCGUCUCCGCCAACAACGACGAGCCCCUUGUGCGAAUCGCGGAGGAUGACUUCGCCAAAGCCGUCUCGCUCCGCGCCAUUCUGGCAGCCUCACUUCCCUCCAUUGUUAACAACGCCGCGCAGCCGAUUGCUGCGGCGUUGCAACUCGGACUCCUCGGGCACAGCGAUUCGGCGGCGCAGCGAGUGGCAGUGUUCUCGGCGGUUGGAGCUGCCGUUACUUUUGUGGCCAACAUAUCCAACUUUGUCAUCGUCGUCACCAUGUCUCGGGUCGGCCAUGCGCUGGGCGCAAAGCGGUGGGCCGCGCUCGGCCGCACGGUGUGGACGGUCCUCGUGUGCGCGCUCGUGAUUGGCUUGCUGAGCGCCCUU